UCCAACGGCUAGUAAACCCAAAAAGGUGAUUCAAAUUGAAGCACCACCACUUUCCGAAAGCUCCAUUUCCAACAAUCAUUCAUUCCCCAAACUCUCAAACCUUCAGCGCUUUUCGCACCUCAUGGAUUCAUCAACACCACCGCCAGCUUCAGCACUUCCAAUCAUCUCCGAUCAACCAAUUCAGUCACCGUCGCCAUCUCCGUCACCGUCACCAUCGCCUUCUCCUCUCAGAAGAAGAUCCAAAACCUGCCUCGCCGACCGCCUCGAAAUUGUCGCCGACGAGUCUCCUGAACCUGCCGGAGUACGGCGACGGGGAAAAGCAAGAGCCGCUCAAGGCAAUGCUCGAAAACCAAGAAAAGUGCGACAUGAUGUUGAGAUUCGAGAAGAGAGUAAAGAUGGUGUUGGUUUGGUUGAAGAAAUUGGAAAACCUAGAAAGAGGAAAUAUGGCGGUCGACCGAAGAAAGAGAAACCUAUCUUGGUUCAACCUUCAACCUCAUCAUCUUCAAAAAUUGAAGAAGAAAAUUUGGUUGAUUUUGAUCGUAUUGGGGAGGUGGUGAGUGAUUUGGUUAUGUGGAAAGAUGUAUCAAAAUCAACCCUUUGGUUUGGACUUGGUUCUCUUUGUAUCUUAUCUUCAUGCUUCUCUCAAGGUCUCAAUUUUAGCAUUAUCUCGGCCUUGUCGCAAUUGGCUAUUCUCAUUUUGGGUGUUUCAUUUUUCUCAAAUUCCAUUUAUCAAAGCGAAACGGUUGAUGAGAAGUGUUAUGCCAAGCUUAAAGAAGAUGAUGUUUUGCGCGUUGCAAAAUUGAUUCUGCCUGCUUUAAAUUUUGUGAUUUCAAAGACUAGAGUGCUAUUCUCAGGAGAACCAUCAAUGACUCUUAAAGUAAUUCCUUUCCUUCUACUAGGAGCUGAGUUUGGCCACUUAAUAACAAUCAGGAGACUAUGUGCCAUUGGUUUUUUUGUCAGCUUCACUAUCCCAAAACUUUAUUCAUGCUACACUAGUCAGAUAAACAAGAGAGCCGAGUGUUUGAAAUCAUCAUUAUCGGAAACAUGGUGUGCUUGCACUCACAAGAAGAAAGUGAUGGCGUCGAUACUCUUGACAUUCUGGAAUCUAUCUUCAACCAAAACUCGGAUCUUUACUGCUUUCAUGUUGCUGGUACUAUUCAGAUACGUAAAGCAACACGUGGCGCAGCAGUUACAAGAUGGAGAAGAACAAGUUGGUGAGAAGGAACAACAGAAGAAAGAAUCAGUGGUGGUGGAAAUGGAAACAGAAGAAAAGGAAACUCAACUAGCAUUAGUUGUACAUAACUCAGAUUCAAAAAAUAAGGACAAUUAAUAAGUUGUUGGUGGAGAAAAUAUUGUUAGGAGGAGGUGAGAAUUCCAUCUUGCAAGUGUAACAUAUAUUUUUCUAAUGUUGAUUAGUCACUGCUAAACAAUGUUAGAUAGAAAAAGAAAGUGAAAUAAUAGUUACUUGAGUAUUGUUUACAAGUAUUUCAAAAGAAAUUAUCAUGACAAAAUGAAUUUUGAA